UCCAGGCACGAGGAGGGGCGAUGACGGGACAGGGAGGGGCGGUGACAGAGAGGCGCGAAUCCGAACCGCGGAGAGCGCGCCAGGCAGCAGCGCGGGAGCCAGCCCGGGAGUAGGAGGAUCCGGAGAAUCACCCGCCCAUGGUUUCUGCCAAGCCGGAAACAGCCAGAGCCAGAGCUACGUGAACGGAAAGGACGGCCUGAAGAAUUUUCCAAGUGCUCCAGCGCCAGGCCCUGCAGCUCCCGUGGGCAGCCCCGGAGGCCACCAGUGGGAUUUGAGGGUCUGCUGCACCUCGGGCCAUGUCAGGCCAGGGCCUGCCCCUGCGCGUGGCCACCCUGCUCACAGGGCUGCUGGAAUGCCUUGGCUUCGCCGGCGUCCUCUUCGGCUGGGUGUCCCUGGUGUUCGUCUUCAAAACCGAGCAUUACUUUGAGGAGCUGUGUAAACCAGAUGCUGGGCCGAUGGGCAAUGCCACAGGGCAGAAUGACUGCAAAGCCCAGGACGAGAGGUUCUCGCUCAUCUUCACCCUGGCAUCCUUCAUGAACAACUUCAUGACCUUCCCCACCGGCUACAUCUUUGACCGUUUCAAGACCACCGUGGCCCGCCUCAUAGCCAUAUUUUUCUACACUACCGCCACGCUCAUCAUCGCCUUCAUCUCUGCAGACUCAGCGCUGCUGCUCUUCCUGGCCAUGCCCAUGCUCACUGUCGGGGGAAUCCUGUUUCUGAUCACCAAUCUGCAGAUUGGGAACCUAUUUGGCAAACACCGCUCAACCAUCAUCACUCUCUACAAUGGAGCAUUUGACUCUUCCUCAGCUGUGUUCCUUAUCAUUAAGCUCCUUUAUGAAAAGGGUAUCAGCCUCAGGGCCUCCUUCAUCUUUCUCUCUGUCUGCAGCGUCUGGCAUGUUGUGCGUACCUUCCUCCUGAUGCCCCGGGGGCACAUACCCUACCCGCUGCCCCCCUACUACAGCUACGGCCUGGGCUCUUGGAGCCGCCCCAGAGAGGAGAAGAAGGUAACAGCGGAGUCCAAAAAGCUGGAUCUACAGUCAAAGGAGUUUCUGUCUCCGAAGGAAGAGACCCCAGGACCGGUGCAGCAGCAGGAAGCGCGUUCUUUCUGGAGCUACGUUUUCUCUCAGCGCUUUGCCUGGCACCUGGUGUGGCUGUCUGUGAUCCAGUUGUGGCACUACCUCUUCAUUGGCACCCUCAACUCGCUGCUGACCAACUUGGCCGUUGGGGACAGGGAACUAGUCAGCAGCUACACCAACGCCUUUGCCAUCACGCAGUUCUUCGGAGUGCUGUGUGCCCCGUGGAACGGUCUGCUCAUGGACCGGCUGAAGCAGAAGUACCAGAAGGAGGCGAGAAAGACAGGUACCUCGGACUCUGCCGCAGCCCUUUGCUCAGCGGUGCCUUCGCUGGCCCUGACAUCUCUACUGUGCCUGGGCUUUGCCCUCUGUGCCUCGGUCCGUGUCCUCCCCCUCCAGUACGUCACCUUCAUCCUGCAAGUGAUCAGCCGCUCCUUCCUCUACGGGGGCAAUGCCUCCUUCCUCACCCUUGCUUUCCCCUCGGAGCACUUUGGGAAGCUCUUUGGCCUGGUGAUGGCCCUGUCGGCCAUCGUGUCUCUGCUACAGUUUCCCAUCUUCAUGCUCAUCAAAGGCCCCCUUCAGAAUGACCCGCUCUAUGUGAACGUGACGCUGGUGCUGUUCACUCUUGUGACGCUCGUCCACCCCAUCCUCGUGUACCGCGAGUGCCGGCGGGCAGAGAGAACCCCCGCCAGGGCCUAGCUCGGGAGCCCUCAGUCUUCAGCCCUGCGGAUGCUUUUGGACAUCUGUCCUCAGCUUGGACCACUCCGUGUCCAGAAUAUCUUUGCCUACCCAGGCUAUACUGGUAUUAAGUACCCAUUGUUUGUUCUAAAAAAAAAAAAGAAAGCCAUAUUUAGCUGCCAGCUACCUUUGCAACAGCAAGAAAAGAAUCUCAGUUGCUAAGCUGAUCGACAUCCUACAGA